UAAGCAUGCUGCCAAAACUUAUUAUACUAUUGCUGCUGGUUAAUAUCCUGACAGCACUUCCAGCUUCGGAAUUAAAGGUCCAGGGCUCUGAAGAGGCUUGGAGCUUAGAAAAAGCCUGCAGCGAAGUAACAGCGACCACCUUGAUGGGAAAUCAGGAUGAUCCCACAUGCAGAAGUUACGUAUAUUGUUAUUUUAACAAUGGACAAGUUAUCGGGCUAAUCAAGACUUGCAAGAAUGGAAUGUAUUUUGACGACAGCUCGAAAUUGUGCAGUUCCAUUAAGCCGGAUGUUUGUGCAUAA